UUGACAUUUAGCUGACAGCAGCAAAAGGUACGAGAAUUUUGUUAGAAAUUAAAAAAGAACUCGACGUGAUAAAAUGGCAUGCCCACUCGCAAGUGAACGUAUCUGGACUGACAAGAGUCUCUACAACGCAGCUGAGAAGAAAUUCUACGAAAGCCAGUCAAAGGGAGCCGUAGGGAGCUGUACUCUUGUAAGCGAGAUUGCAAAAGCACGUCAACACAUUAAAGAUUCUCUCGAACGUAUGGACGGAAUUGCUGCUUUAGCUUCAACUCCCGGCGCAGAGCUCUUGGAUCGUCUUGCCACAGUCGAAAAGGAAAACUGCUCAUUGAAAGAAACCAUCAAAAAAUUGGAAAAUUUGGUCCUCGGACUCACAUCUCGCGUUUCAAAAUUGGAAGGAGGCAAACCAGCCGCUGCUCCUGCUCCCGCCAAGUCAGCGCCUGCUCCCGCCGCCAAGAAAGACGACGAUGAUGACGAUGUCGAUCUCUUUGGCUCCGACGAAGAAGAUGAUGCCGAAGCUGAACGCAUCCGUGAGGAACGCUUGAAGGCAUAUGCGGAGAAAAAAUCAAAGAAACCCGCUUUGAUCGCAAAAUCCAGCAUCAUUUUGGAAGUGAAGCCAUGGGACGACGAAACUGACAUGAAGGAACUCGAAAAGAAUGUGCGCACGAUUGAGAUGGAUGGCUUGAUUUGGGGCGCUGCGAAACUCGUGCCCGUCGGUUAUGGCAUCAACAAGUUGCAAAUUUGCUGCGUCAUUGAGGACGACAAAGUUUCCGUCGAUGAGUUGCAAGAAAAGAUCCAAGAAGACGAAGACCAUGUACAAUCUGUCGAUAUUGCCGCAUUCAACAAAAUCUAAAAAGUCUCUUUUAAUUUUUUUUCCACGCGUCAUUUUUUUUCCUUUGAUUUAACGUAACAAAAGUGUGUAUCUGUUGUAAUGAAAGAGCAGUCAAGAGAUUUAAAAUUAAAAAAAAAAAAUUAACAAAAUAAAAAUAUUCUGAGAAAA